UAAAAAUAUUUUAUUUUAUUCAAUGUCCUUUUUGCAAUGGCGAAGGUUUAAUUUUUUUGAUAAAGACAUAUUGAAAGAUCCUGAUAAAAACGAAAGUUAUGAUAAAUUAAAAGAUAUAAAUAUAUCUACAUCCACAAGUAUUAAGGGAUAUAUUGUAUUUGGGGACUAUGAUGGGUUUUUACAUUUCAUGACUCAAGAUCUCGAAAUAAAAUCACUAAAGGCACAUGAUGUUAAAGUUGAACAUUUAUAUAAUAUGACGAAUUCACAAAUUUUAAUAUCUGUUGGGUAUGACAAUGACAGUCCACAGCCAAUCAUAAAAAUAUGGAAUUUAACUAAAGGAUUUGAUAGGUAUGGGAAUAUACCAUAUUUAAAAAGUUUUAAAAUCACAUAUGGUAACAAAACCCCAAUUGUUAAUUGUGUGACUGCUCAUGAAAAUCUCACGUUAUUGAUUAUUGGACUAAAUUCUGGCCAGAUUUUGAUGUAUAAAGGAAAUUUAACCAAGGGUGAAAAAUACAAAAAACGCAAACGCUUCUACCAACUGGAGGGCAGAGGGGUUAUGAUCCAAAAUCGUCAUUGGAAUUUAAGAAAUUCCUUAUCCUCAAUUAAGCCCAAAUUAUUUCACCAAGCCACUAGUCCUAUAACCAAUCUCGCGCUCUCUUACACUCAAGGUUACCAUAUCCAGGAAUCCUCUAAGAAGGACCCGAUGGUGUCCAAGACAAAGUACAAUGUUCCUUCCGCGUUUAUCCCUAUAAUCAACAAAAUACCGUCUUCCAAUAACAAUGUAACGGCAUCACCUAUCGAUACAUCCGUGAUGGACCAAUUAAAUCCCAUAUCUCAGAGCCGUUCUUUAGACAACAAGACAAGCACUGAUUCCGAAUCACUCCGUCAUCCCUCGUUUCAAAUCCCAAACGCGCCUCCGAAGAAACUGGCAAAGGUCUUCAAGACAACCCUCUUCAUUUCAACCCUGGAUUCCAUCAUGUGCUUCUCCGUAGAGGAUUCGCAUUUAUCGCUCAUAUUUUCUUCCAAAUAUCAAGAAUCCGCCCUGAGCCAUUUGGUCAAGCACACCAUCUUAGACAGCGUUAAAGGUUGCGAUCACGAUUGCGCCACUCUUAUGCCCAUAUUCACGUCCAAAUCUCCUCGCGCGAGGAAAAUCUCCAAGCAGCGGUCAAUCGCAGUAGCAUCAGAUGACGUCUUAAAAUCUGACGUGCUCGUUUCCUCUUCGCCUAAAGACUCCGUGAUCCCGAGACAGCCAUCAAUCGGCUCAGAUCUCUCCAGUGAAAAGUGGAGCGCCAACUUACUUUCGGAACCCCCAAAAAACAAGUUUACGCCAUCAUUGGACGGAAAAAGUCUAGAUUGGAAGGAAGAAUUGGGAAUCGAAAGGAUAGACGGCAACGACGAAAGGCAGGAAGAGACGGAGGAGUUUUUGGUGGUGGCGAGAAAUGAGGCCCUCUAUUUUUACAAUAGCGAAUGCUUGGGUCCUUGCCUGGCCUUCGAGAGCCAGAAGCGUUAUUACGUCCAAUACCUGCCCCGUAGUCGGUAUUUGGUUACGGUGGAGAAUAAGGGGGACGAUUUGGACCGGGGCAAAAACAUCGACAUCCUGACCGUUUACGACGUGCACAAUAAAUUCGUCGCGUUUUCCUGCCCCGUUCCCGGAUUCGUGGCUAUGUACACCGAACCCGUUAAAUUGGUCAACAUGCCCAGAUCUACUUCUUAUCUCGUACUCACUCGUAGCCCAGAAGGUGGUGGAUACUCCUUGCUAACUUUGACAGAAAAGAGUCUAUCGUACAAGCUGGAAACGUUGUUUCGCAAAAAUUUAUACAAUCUGGCCUUGGGAUUGGCUAGGAAUUUCACGUCACCCGCUUCUAAAAUUGCUCAAAAUGGCGGCGAUGACGGAAACGAUAACUACCAAAAUAAUUCUGUCCUCGCUAAUAUCUUCAAGCUGUACGGUGACCAUUUGUACUCGAAAUCCGACUACGAAAACGCCAUUAAUCAGUACCGGAAAACGUUGACCCUCAUAAUGAGCGGGCGGAAAGAAGCCAAGAACGCUGGCUUCAAGACGUAUCUGGAACCGUCCUACGUUAUCAGGAAAUAUUUGAAGGCCUCUCAAAUCAAGCUUCUGACCUUUUACCUAGAGGAUUAUUUGAAGCUCUAUUUUACUCACCGCCUAAAUCUGACUACGGCUGGAAAUGCCAAAGAAGAAGAUAAUUGUGGCGAAUCCGAUGAUGUUUGGUGCGAGGAUUUAAUAGAGCUCCUGAUAAAUUGUUACGUCAAAUCCGGCGAAUCCGCGAAAUUGGACAAAUUCUUGGAAUCCUUUCUCACCUUGCACACCAAUAUAACGUCCGCGUCUAAUAGAAGGCCCGCCAAAACCGCCGCCCUUAAAGAUGACGGUCAUCACCUUGAACGCCAAAAUAGCGGGAACAAUCGUGAUCGCGAAGGUUCCGUGGAAGAUCCCGUCAAAUCGAAAGCGAACGAAGAUAACGAAGUGAUAAACGUCAUAGUCAGGGUCUUGGGCUCGAGAACGGAGGAUGUCUACAGGAAGAGAGCCUCGAACUUGGCUUUGAUGUACGGUCUUACCCAGACAUACCUCAAGAUUGAGAUAGAGGAUAACAAAAAUUAUUCGAAGGCUUUAGAAUAUAUCAAGACCGUAACCGAACCCGAAGAAGUUUACCUAGUCAUCAAAAAUUACGGAAAGCUUUUGCUAGAACAGGAUUCCACAGCGACUAUAGAUAUACUGAUACGCCUGUGUCGUAAUUCCGAAGAUACUAUUGGUAAGGCCUCGUCCGUUAUAAAGCCCGAAGAUUUUCUGUACCUUUUCCUGAACGAAGGGGACGAUAAACUGAGUUAUUUUUUGGAAAACGUCAUUUCUGCCUCCGAAAAUUGCGACGCUGUCAAUUCGAAAAAGAAUUCGGAGGAGAUGGUCGAUCAGGUGGUCUACAAUACCCUGCUGGAACUUUACAUGGCAGAAUUGCCCCAUCAAUUAGAUCCUUUACUUGCCAAGAAAAAGCAGCGCCAAAUAACCGAUAUUAUUUUUGGCCAACCACCGGCGUACGAUAUCGAUCGUGCUUUAAUAGAAUGCCAGAAACAGCUGAUCACCGCCAGGGCGGCGGCGCUGCAUAGAAAGCAAAAUGGCCUCCAGGACGAUAAUAAUAACGCCGAAUUCUUCGCUCACCUAACCCGAUACCUCUGCGAAAAUAAAUCGGCCUGUAGCGUACCUCCGGGAUCUUACAAUCAAAUGGACGGAAAAAAUGUUAUCGAUAAACACGACGAUUGGAAGGAAACAUUGAAAAAAGCCCUGCACGUUGACAGGGAUAGACAAAAUUCGGUGGACAUUCCUCUGCAAAAUAAACGGGUGGCCAAAUCGCUCCAAUCGAUUCAUCAUUCCGCCAUCGAAGUGCUACGUUUUUUGAACGCGCGUUCCAACGGUAAAUUGCAGUUUUCGGCUUUUCAGGAUUUUAUAACCGAACAAUUCGAGAGUAAUCAAAAAGACAUCGAUAGGUUGCAAAAGAUCAUCAAAGAAUCCACCGAAAGGAUAGAGAGGAACGAGACUAUAAUACAAGAUCUGGCAAAUAAGCCUCAAAUAUUCCAAGUCAAUAAAUGCGGCGCCUGCGCACACGCCAUAGACACCCCCGCGGUUUAUUUUUUAUGCAAGCACGGAUUCCACCAGAAUUGCUACGACAGCUAUUCAUCCAACAUCGAUUUAUCUCGCAGUAUUUCUUUCGACCUCAAAAACGCCAAUAACCCAUUCGCCUCAUCUUCGAAUCCCUACGCUACUAACUUCAAUAACAAUCAUUACAAGAAUCUUACUAAUUUCACCAUCAAGGAUAACAAUGAUAAUAUCUCGACGACCAAUAACAACGCCUCGCAUAACUUGAGCGUACCUCCCGGGUGCCCAAUUUGCGAAAGCUCGGAAUCGGAUUGGAAGCUUUUCCGCAAGCUCAGCCGUCUCAAGGAAAGCGGCGUGAACGAACGCCAAUUGAAUCGCAACAAAUACGACGAAAAUUUUCACCGACAACUCGAAAAGUGUCGACUUUUGAGGGACAAACCGGACGGUUUUAGCCGACCGGCUUCCGAUACGAAUAAUACGAAUGCCAUAGGGUCUAAUAUCGGCAAGGAUUCCGCGGAAUACGCGAACUUCAACGAAACGACUUCCGUUUUCGGACUGCUGUCUAAGUAUUUGGGACAAGAUUUGUUUGAGAGGGUCGAAUUAGUGACCGAUGACGAUAUACCCGUGCCAACUGUAGACAAAAACCGGAUAGACGGCGGUAAUAAACGUUUGUCAUCCGGUCCUAGCUCGAAAAGUCGAAUACACUAUAAUCCAUUCCCGAUCGAUUAACUUAUCGAUAAAAGUAUUCCUCGAUGAUCAUCACUCAGUGGUUCGGUUCCCCGUUUAUGCAAAAAUAAUCUUUAAAAAAAAAUUGAUUUAUUUAUUUAUUUAUUUUGUUUAUUUUUGUUUUGUUUUUGGGGAAAUUUAGAAAACAACAACCUUUGUAUUUAAGGUAUUUUUUAGGAAAAAGAAAAAAUGUUUUCGUUUUAUAUCGCUUUUAAAAUUAUAGAUUAAAUUAUUCCGUUCCGAUUAUAAAAAAAA